GAAACCUCCGAGAACCUGGUCGGUAUUCUUAAUCUGCGCCUCCCUCUUUCCGUAGGCUUCACCAAUUAUCCAGCACCAAGACCACUUAGAACAAUGGAAGGUAACGGAUCCAUCGACAUGUUCUCAGAAGUCCUAGAGAACCAGUUCCUCCAGGCUACCAAGCUGGUGGAAAAUCACUUGGACGCUGAAAUUCAGAAACUGGAUCAGAUCGGUGAAGAUGAACUGGAGAUGCUCAAACAACAGAGACUGGCGGCGCUCAGGAAGGCGCAACAGCAAAAACAAGAAUGGCUUUCCAAAGGGCAUGGGGAGUACAGAGAAAUCAGCAGCGAGAGAGACUUCUUUCAAGAAGUCAAGGAGAGUGAGAAAGUGGUUUGCCAUUUCUACAGAGACACCACAUUCAGGUGUAAAAUACUAGACAGACAUUUGGCAAUUCUGGCCAAAAAACAUCUCGAAACCAAGUUUUUGAAGCUGAAUGUGGAAAAAGCACCAUUCCUCUGUGAGAGACUGCGGAUCAAAGUCAUCCCCACACUAGCUCUCUUGAGAGACGGCAAGACUCAAGAUUAUGUUGUUGGAUUCACCGACCUAGGAAAUACAGAUGACUUCACUACAGAAACUUUAGAAUGGAGACUUGGUUGUUCCGCUGUUAUCAAUUACAGUGGAAAUUUAAUGGAGCCACCAUUUCAGAGCCAAAAGAAAUUUGGGACAAACUUCACAAAGCUGGAAAAGAAAACUAUCCGAGGAAAGAAAUAUGAUUCCGAUUCUGAUGAUGAUUAGACCAUGCUGUACUUUAAAGCUUUCUGUUUGUCUGUCUGUCUGUCUACUUCAGAGUUAAGUGUAUUUUCUAAAUUCCACUGAUUUCGGCCCAUUGACCAUCUGAUACUCUUAUCCCAGCUUGUACACUGUUUGACCAUUUUGUCUGCGGUCAUCAUGUAUAACUUGAAAGAAACAUAUUUUAAAUUAC